ACUGCUGGUGCAAUAAAAAUGAUAAUGGAAAGCAUGAUAAUUUUACUUUGGGAAAUCAUCACAUAGCAAGUGUAGAACCUUAUGAAGCAGAAACUGAUAAUAUAGAAACUCAAAGAAUAGAUAGCAGACAAGCUUAUAUUGACGCUAGAGACUUCUUUUAUGACGAAGAAAGAGAACAAGAGAUUACAGAUGCGCUAACAAAUAAUGUAUCAGGUAAAAAUGUGAUGCAUCUGACUCAGAAUCGAAUGAUAAUAUUGAACUUGAACAAAAAGAAAAAAUUGAGUUUUAGUAUGAAUGGGUUUGUUGGAUCCAGUGUAAAAGAGUUUACAUUUAAUGAAAAUGACAAUAAGAAGACUGGAGCGCCAUUAAAUAUUACAGACAUGAGGAGAGAAGAGGCGGUAAAAAGUUAUAUCCAGCAACAAGAGCCCUAUAGCUGA